UCCACGCAGCCGGCAUUUGGGAUGACGGUGACCACAGCCGGGGCUCAGGGAGGAGGACGCAGGCUGCCCCACGCGAGCCCCGAGCUCCGCUCCCCAGGGCGAGCUCCUCCAUCCGCUGCCCUCGUCCUGCUUCGCAGGGUGCGAGCAGCGCCCGGCAGCCGCCGUGCCGUUCGCCAGGGCUCGGCUUCCCCGGCCGCGGUGCGCAGGGCGGCGUGGGAGGGAUAACUCAUCCCAGCCAGGAGGCAGAGGUGCCGGGCGGAGGGAGCUCACCGCCUUCCUCCCGCCAAGAGCCCUGCUCGACCGCGGGACCAUGGCUCCGGGGCUCCGCCGCAGCCUCCCUCUGCUGCUGCCGUUGCUGCUGCUGUGCCCGGCGGCACGGCUGGCCACGCCGGCGGCCCAGGGCUGCCCAGGCAGGCAGCAGCUCCUGGCAGCUGUGCGGCAGAUGCAGCAGCUGCUGAAGGGCCAGGAGACGCGCUUCGCCGAGGGCCUGCGCCUGAUGAAGAGCCGCCUCAGCACGCUGCAUGCAGCCCUGGCCAAGGCGGCCCCGGAGCCCACGCCUGUGUCCUGCCCAGCCCCACAGGCCCCUGCUGGCGGGCGAAUGUUCGGCACCAAGUACCUGGUGGAGCACGAGGUGCACUUUGCCUGUGAGCCUGGCUUCGAGCUGCAGGGUUCCAGCACACGGAUAUGCCAGGCUGAUGGCAGCUGGAGCGGACAGGAGCCGCGCUGCACAGAGCUCAGCACGUGCUCCAGCAGCCCCUGCCAGAACGGCGGCACCUGCGUGGAGGGACCAGGCCAGCACCGCUGCCUCUGCCCACCGCCGUGGAGCGGGGCCGCCUGCCAGCACCGCACGCAGACAGAGCCCCCAGCAUGGAGUGCGACAGCCGAUCCUGCCUUCAGCCGCAAGCCCCGCUGUGCCCAGGUGGAGCACACCCAGCAGUGCCGCUGCGAGCCCGGCUUUCACAUGAGCGGCACGGCCGCCGCCAGCCUCUGCCGGGAUGUGGACGAGUGUGAGCUGUACCAGGCAGAAGGGGCCCCACGGCUGUGUGCCCACGCCUGCGUCAACCUGCCCGGCUCCUACCGCUGCGCCUGUCCCAGUGGGUACAGCCUGCUGGGCGAUGGCAAGAGCUGUGAAGACAUCGAUGAGUGCGCUCUGUCGCGGGACAACUGCACGCGGGGCACAACGUGCAUCAACACAGGCGGGGGCUUCCAGUGCGUCAGCCCCGAGUGUCCCCAGCCCGGCGGCAACAUCACCUACGUGAAAACAUCACCCUUCCAGUGCGAGCGCAACCCCUGCCCGAUGGAUAGCAGAUCGUGCCACCAGGCGCCCAAAACCAUCUCCUUCCACUAUCUGCCCCUGCCCUCCAACCUGCUGACCCCAACCCCGCUCUUCCGCAUGGCCACGGCGGCGGCACCCGGCCGGCCGGGACCCGACAGUCUCCGCUUUGGCAUUGUGGGAGGCAACAACAGGGGCCACUUUGUGAUGCAGCGCUCGGACCGGCAGACCGGGGAGCUCAUCCUGGUGCAGAGCCUGAAGGGCCCCCAGACCAUCCAGGUGGAUGUGGACAUGUCUGAGUACCUGGACCGCACCUUUCAGGCCAAGCAUCUCUCCAAAAUCACGCUCUUCGUCUCUGCCUAUGAGUUCUAGGGCAGACCAGGGGGCGGCUGCAGGGUUUGGAUGCUCUCAUGUGAGUGGCGGCUAUGGUCCCUUUUCAGAUGAAAGCACUACAGGUGCCACAAGCACUGGAGCCCUGAAGCCAGCUGUCCCCCCUCUGCACUGAGGUGAUUUUGUCUGAGUCUCCAGGUGCUUUUUACACCCACCUCCAUGGAAAAAGCAGCAAGCGACGUGCGACAAACUGCAUGCAGGUUAUCUGCUUGCUGAGUGCGGGAGCAGGGCGUUAUUUUUGCUCACAGCUCCAGGAGGACAUCCUAUAACUUCUGCACCUACAUAACGCAAUCAAGCAGGUAGAAACCAAGGUGCUUACUUCCUUUUUGAUUCCUUUUUUGUAGGAAAGAAGCUAAGCCGGUGCUGUCAGCCCUCUUCUGCACUGGGCUGGGCUUGCUUCCCUCUGAACACCAAGACCCCCAGUUGGGAUUUGCUGAGCGGAGCUCAAGCUCUUGGUGCUGCUUGGGGUGGUGGCAGCUGUGCCCUCAAGCCCCGAGGCUGUGUGGCACAACACGCUGCACUGCUCGGAGCAUAUGGAGAAGUUCUCCCCAGCCUCAGCUCCCAGGCCACACCUGAAGCACAAAGUUUGAGGUGGGACUGUCCAAAAGUGAGGUUGUUGCUCGGUUUGGGGUCAGCCAUCCCGAUGUCCCCAGAGAUGCAGGAAGGACUCGGUGCUGUCCUACGUGAUGAGCUGGAGAUGAGGGAUGGUUGGAAGGCUGUCCCAUGCCUUAAUCCUCUUGGAUGGGGUCAUGCACCUGCAUCCACCCAUGACCUGGCAUGGACGUGCCAUGGGGAUCACUUCAGCUGAGCACGGUGCCUGUCUUGCAAGAGCUCAGGGUGUGAAUAUCUCAUUUUUUAACACCCCUUGUCCUCUUGCACGAAUAGUUGUGGGGUCAGCUCCUGCCAUGCUACUGCAACACGUGCCCAGGGCUGGCACUACUGUGGUGCUCACCUCUGCUCCCCAGUGCAGCGCUUGUGCAUGUAAACCACAAAAACAUUAUGCAUGUGUCUUUCUCAUUUAGUACAAUUAAAGGAUGAUAUAGCCUCUGA